CGAAAGUCGUGUCAUGGUACGAUACAGUACUGUAGGUACGAGGACUCCUAAUGUCAAGCGCACUAAAGUCAAGUACUUGGCAAUCCCCGUACAAAUACUAAUAGAAAUUUUUAGCUCAUUUUUACAGUUAAAAAAAGGCAUCCAAUGGACGAAAAUAAAAAUAUUUCCAUUGUCUAAUUUCUUGCUAGUCCCAAAAUAUUUCUAUUAGUGGUCCUUAAUACUUGAGAUAAGCACUGAUUUGAUAUUCUCAGUAGUAAGUACCAGGAAUAGAAAUAUUUUCGGACUUGUACUUUUUUUCGUGGAGGAGGGGGAGAGGAGAAAUAAAGAGGGGAAAAAAAAAAAAUUGACACCCGGGGAAUUGCCAAGUACUUCGUACUUGACUUUAUUGCGCUUGACAUUAGGAGUCCUCGUAGGUACGGUACGGUAUUACACCGUCAACCCGUGAAAUCUUUCUCUUUCGAAAAUCAUUACUUCUACUUGGAAGUACGAUACCGUUAAUUCUACGAAGUAUGUUUCUGGAUCCGUGGCCCCAGUCGUCGCUAUCUGGCUCCGCAACACCCGCAUCCGCACCCGACCUUUUGCCGCUCGAAGCACUGAAUUCCUCCUCCCGACCAUGGGCGGCGAAAGCGAUGCCUCCCCUCCUCCGAUCCGGAUUGCUCUGUUCACCGUCAUGGGGGUCGCCGUGAAGAMCGCGGUCCAGAAGGUGAUCGAUCUCCGGGGCGACCUAGAACUGGCACUGGUGGUGACCUGUCCGGGCCCCCGGUCCCGCCGGAGCAACUCGCACCUGGAGGUUCUCGAAGCCCUGUGGGAGGCCGGCCACCACAACACCGACGUGGUGGUCUGCAACCACAAAUCCCGGUACGCAGACCUGAUGGUCCUCUACGAGAUCGACAUGAUCCUGUCGAUGGGGUACCCUUGGCUCCUUCCCGCUGAGAUUCUCUCGCCCGGGAAACACCCUGCCAGUCCGAGGCUGGGCGCCCUCAACAUCCACAACUCGCUCCUCCCCGAAUACAGGGGCCCCAACGCCUUUGGCUGGGCGAUCGUCAACGGGGACCCCGAGUUUGGCUUUUGUGCCCACCGGAUGGACGGGACCUUCGACACCGGGCCCGUCCUCCUGACCUGGACGGUCCCCGACGAGGACAUCAACCGGCCGGUCUUCGAGCUCCUGGGACCGAGGCUCGCGACGGUCUUCCCCGAGAUGAUCGGCCGCGCCAUCGACAAGAUGCUCGAUGGGGACCCGGGGACGCCCCAGGCCGGGGGCGGSAGCCACGCCCCCAAGUUCGGCGACGCCUUUCGGUGGAUCGACGGGGGGUCCUCGACCGCCCUGGAGGUGCACCGGACCGUCCGGGCCUUUUACGGGGGCCGGGACCUGCCCCUCGGGGCCCUGGCCUCCGUGGGGGGGACCCCGAUCCGCGUCACGAGGACCUUCUACAGGGAUCCGGCCGGGGAACCCGCAGCGGGCAGGGAAGCCGGGACCGCGGUGGUGGUGGUGGCGACCGAUCCAGCGAGACCGCAGUCGGCAAAGGGCGGGCCCCCCGAGCUGCCACCGACCUUCUUUCUUCGCUGCAAGGACACAACACUGGAGGUACUCGAGUGGACGUGGCACACGGACGCGGACACAGAUACCGAAACAGACACAGACAAGGGCACAGAAAYAUGACCGACACGGCGCCGGGCGGUUGCUUCAACCACCAGUGUGCAAGUCGAAGGGUAGCAGAACCGCGAACUACUGUCUAUCGCGCCAAAUGGUAUUCGUCCAUGCGGAUGCUGUGCAAUAUUAUGAGCGAUUGUUAAGAAUACUAGAAGAAAAGAUUGCAAUUUGU